UUACGGUUACCAAGGGACACUGGUCAGGUUGUCUCAGAGCCAAGCAUUUGAAAGUUUAAGAAAAAUCUCAAAGUGAACUCAAAUGCCCAAAUCUCAAAUACUACGAACUCAAAUAAUGAGAGGACCUUAUUACUAAGUUCAGUAGGGAAAACAGAGAAAAAUGGAGCUUCCUCCACUCCUGAGUCGACUCGUUCUUCUUUUUCUUCUUCUUAUUCUCUUCCUUUCUAGCUUUCCGUCUUCAAAAGCCGCAGCAACAACAACAAGAAUCACUCAAAACAGAAUGCCAGGGUUUGUCUUCACAAGAACCAGAGGAAAGUGUACUCCACAAUUCUGGAGUAGCGGGAGAGAGGCGUGGCCGAGGAUGGUCCCACAGGAAUCAACGGUGUCUAAGGUAUUUGGUUCAAGGGUGAAUGAACGGUACGGAUCUGAUCUAACUUUGUUGGAAGCAACGGUUACGAAUUAUGAUGAGGAGAAUGGUUAUCCUAGGCUGCUGAAGCAGGCUAGCGCAGCUCUGCUCAACUCGUAUGCAAGAAAAGGGUUUCCAUACUCGGCUUGGGAAAUCAAGACUUUGGUUAUACAAGCUUUGGUCUCUGAGGAAGCUGCAAAUCUUCAAGCCCAACUCUUCUCUAUUGCCAAUGAGGAUUGUGAUUAGUGUGACAUCUUAUUGUGUGUGUGUGUUUUUGCUUGGAUUUGGAAGCCCUUUGUUUUGAUUUAUUUUGUCAUUUCUAAUUUGUGGGCUUAUGGGCAACAUAUUGGCUUCAUUUCAGUAUUGGUUAAUCAACUUAGCCCAUAAGUACAAAAAUCAACCCAAUUAGGCAAUUAGCUAUUGUUUAGUGUUUGUAGUACAGAAUGUCAUGGAAUGUCUUGAGCACAAGUAGCAAAUGAAGUAUUUUUCCUUCUCACA